CAUCUGCAUGAACAGCAGGAAGUUUGACAGUAAUCAUUAACAGCGUCGCUUUCAUGAUGUUAUCAUGUUUCUCGUUUUGACCGCAGCGAUUUUCAAAGUUGGUUGAAAUGGUUUGAUACGCUCGAGGAAUAGUUUGUAGCGUGGGACUUGACACCGGGAUAAUAUUAAUAGAGAAGAAAUGAGGCUUCACCUGGCAGGUUUGUUGGUCGUGUUCGUGUCCCUGUCGUCGGGAGCGGACGUCUUAAAAUGGCCUCGUCACAACUGCUCCCAGCAGGGUUUGGAUUGUACAGUCAAGACAAGUAACUGCAUGGACGAAAACUGGCUGGAUCGGAGCAAGUACACACCCAGUGCUCCGGAGGGUCUGGAGGUGGCCGUGCACACCAGGCGCAAUGAGAGAGGAGACCUGGUGCCUGUGUUGGUCGCCCGCUGGAGAUUACAGGACGACGGUAGUAUUUGUUUCCUGAAUGCCACUGAGCUCCAUGUUCUAGUGGUAGCCACCAACCAGAACCUGUGUGUUCGAUAUAUUUUCAGAGAUACAUUACCACCGAGGAAUCCUGCAGUGGAAAAGUGGUCUUUCUCUGCAGACAUGGUGUUAGUUCACCCUGGUCAGGAAUAUCUGGUCUCUGUUGUCAACAUCCCCAAACCAGAGCAGGGCCACACCAACUAUGACCUCAGCAAAAAUAUCAUUGUCCCUGACUGCCGAGACCCCAGAAUGCUGAGAACCAAGUUUUGUAUAGAGAGCGGAAGUCUUUGGCAGCCCAAUAUAAGCCUGGCUCAGGUCCAGGGAGGAUCCAUGCUCGCUGUCAGCUUCAAUACUGAUGAAUUCGCUAACAGAUACAUAGUUCUUGUUUCCUGCUCCCAUAUCCUACAUUCAAAACAGAUACACAAGAGCAAUCAGACAUCACUGAGUUUGACAUUCAGUCUUGAACUCUGGCCAAGAUCCUGCUGCCAGUAUGAUGCUGAAAUAAAGCCUAUUUUUUUGCAAUGUGGCCAAGACUGUGUCCGGCGAAAGGCAACCUUCAAUAUUUGUCCCAGCAUAUCGAAAGAAAAUCCACCAGAUGCCGCACAAAAUGUCCCUGCCUACACAUUUGUUCCACUGGGUGUGGUCUUGCUGUGUGUAGUGAUUGGAUUUAUUGUUUAUUUUCUCUGGAGGCACAAGUCAGGCAAACCCGCUGUCACUGUUGAACCAGGAGAAGGGAUAAAGACACAACCUCUACCUAAACAACCUCCCAAAGUGCUAGUCAUCUACUCCCAAGACCACCGCCUCUACAGGGACAUAGUGUUGAAGCUCUGCGCCUUCCUCCGGGCCAAGUGUGGCACUGAGGUGCUUGUGGACAUGCUGGACUCCAGCUUGGUCAGCACCGUGGGUCGUCUCCGCUGGCUGGAGUGGCAGCGGCAGCAGCUCAAAAAUCCUUCAGACAAAAUCCUGGUGCUGUGCUCACGUGGUGUUCAAGCCAAGUGGAAAGCCGUGUGUGGUCAUGGUCGGGUGGUCCUGAGAGAAGACGUACUCUCCCCUACCGAUGACAUGCUCACCCCCUUCCUCAACCUAUUUCUACCUGACAUGCACCAUGCAGGCAUGCUGGGCAAAUACAUGGUUGCGUAUUUUGAUGAUGUAAGUAGCGAACAAGACGUGCCGUCGAUUUUUGACAUUGCAGUCAAAUACAAGCUGAUGAAGCAUUUUGAAGAGCUGUAUUUCCGCAUUCUGGACAUUGAGAAAUAUCAGCCAGGUCAAGUAAACCACAUCAAGGGCAUUGGUGGAGAUGAAUAUUUUAACUGUCCCUCGGGUAGAGACCUUAGGAAUGCCAUUGAAAUCUUCCAAGCGUACCAGUUGGAGAAUCCUGAUUGGUUUGAGAUGGAGUGUGUGGACAGCGAGGAGGAGGUAACAGCUGACUCCAGCCCCCUCAUUGACCAGCUGCAGAUUCCACCAGUCCUAGAGUGUGUUCCUCUAAUCAGAGAAGGGCCUCCUGUCUACAUUCAUGAGGUAGAAAUAAAUCAAAACAGCGAGGGUGUUCAUAUUGUAACCCCCAAACUGAACCCAGAGUGCAAUGAAAAGUCAAUAAUGGAGCUUGUGCCCAGGCUCAACUGUGAGCAUCAACAUCUAUAUCCAUCAAACCAGGCUGGAGUAUUUACAGCUCACCUUUAUCCUCACAACCCUGGCAUAGGUUCUUUCUACAUGGCUGAGCCUGUUCUUAACAGUCCACCACCACUGACUGAGAACUGGCUCCACCUUGAGGAGAAACUCAUAGGUCCAGUUCCCAUUGAGCAAGAAGAUGAUGCCCUCCUGCCUGUGAACCAACCUGCACUUCAGACAGACCAGAGAAUGUCAGCCCAACAGAAAUCUCUCAGCUUGAGCUCUCCAGAAGCACCACAUGUAGGCGUGCAGGUUGAAUACCUCACUCCAUCAGAUAUCAACCAUUCCCAGCCUGUUGAGAUGGAGGAGGAAGAGAUUCUGGAGCCUUGUGAAAAGGAUCCAAGUAGUGGAUCUGAUCAAGGCUACAUGUCCCAGCAUGAGUCCCAUGCUGGGGAGGAUCCCCUGAUGGCUCUAGCAAAGCUGCAAGAGGAGCUGUUUCAGAAAAACUACAACUACACUGACACAGGCCCCAAAGCUUCUUUGGGGGGAACUGAUACCUUUCCACUGUCACAUCAAUCUACAGUGUUCAGUCCAUUCUAGGGGUCUUAUGUGAUAAACUGUUGUCAUUUACUUUUUUGGCAUACUCAUUUCCCUCAGUCUGCGUCAUCUACUUAUAGCUCAGUAGAUAAUUUACUACAUCUCCAAGAAUACCUUUUACAUUUCUUGUUCUGUUGUCCCCCAAGAGAAGGAAUUUGAACUUUCAGUCAGAGGGAGUGGUGUGACAUAUAAAUAUGUUGUAGCUUAUUAGCCAACUAGGUUGUCGUGUAUGUGAUCAUUGUCAUUAUGCUUACUCAAAACACAACAUGGCUGCAUGAUAUCUACACUUCCUUGUUAUUUUUUCCCAGCAACUCAGUGAGCCUCCUGUGACAAAAUGUCUGAUGUACAAUAAAUAAACCUGUCUGGUAACCACUGGAGUUAACAGACAGGUAUAACAAGGUAGAGCCAGAGAAUUCAGGCCUGCAGGAGGAGAGAGGAGCUGUUCUAACAUUCAUACCAGGCUAAUGAAGCAGGCAGGUCUUGUAAUCAGGUAAUACACAUUUGUCCUCUGAAGAGCAAGCAGGCAAAGCCAAAACAAACAGAACAGCUCAGCAGCAGCCUUUCCCUUCUUUAACACACAUCAUACCAAUCUCUCAUCCAUACAAAUUAGGACAGAUUACAAUCACAGUCCACAACUGCUGUCUAACAAAUGAGCUCUUUAGUCACAGCUAGCACUAACACCAAAUCCAUUAACAGAACUGCUGUCUACAACACUCUGUAAUGGUCAUUUCAGCCCCUCAGCUGGCACCACAGUUCUCUGUGCUAAGCCCACUCACACACAGCGUUGUACCCUUUCACUAACCUAAAGAAAUAAAAUUAGUAAAAUGAGCACUAGUUGGCCCUGCCACUGGCAGCCUAGAGUUUAGCUCCUGGAGGCUAACGAUAGGUGAAGUGUAUUAGCUGAUGAAUUUACCAGGACAUGGACAGUUGCAGCAGGAAAGACUGGCCCUUGUACAGUUAAUUUGUUGGUAUAGCAAGCAUGAAAUGCCUCCAUACUAUUGAUGCUUUGUUGUUACCUCCCCCCAUGCCAGACUUCAAGCAAAAUGGUCAGGUCCAGUGUGCCAAUUUUCAAAAUGUAGUGUGACAGCGAAAGACCCGCCCCUAUUCUGCCUCUGAUUGGCUAACCGUAAGCCUAACUCAACCCCAUUACCUAACCUUAACCAGCCUAACCAACAAAUCAGGUGGUGUUUCUUUUAUGAAUAUUUAUAAGCCCUCCCCUACUGCACUACAUUUCGAAAAUUGGCGUCCAGCAUGGCUGAUGCACGGCAUAGUUCAUGAUUGUAGACAUAGAAACAUAGAACUGAAAUGAACAGAAUUACCAAUACCCAGUGGAGCUAUUUUAGUCAAUAGUGGACUAAUAUCCGAUAUCAGAGUCAGUCAGUGCAUUCCUAAUUAAAACACUGAAUCUAUUGACUCUUCCUACUCUUGAAUAAUGCAGCAGUAGGAAAACUGAAGUGCAGAAACUGUCAAAACUAGGAUAUGCACAAUGUAUUUUCACCAUCAUUCUCAUUGCAUUCAGCGAACAGGGCGGAACAAUGGAUUGUGGGAUACACCAAUAUUUUCGAGGGAGGAAUUAGCAGUAAAUGAAGGAGAAUAAAUUUAAUUUGUUUAACACAAGUUGAAAUUCUUUUGGCAUAAACCAUUUUAAGCCAGUUUGUGGCAUUUUUAGGAUCCCCCUUCGACAAGUGCAGCACAUACUGUAUCUUGUGGUAGCAUUGCAUUCUGGUCUGUUGGCAAUUGAUUUUCCUCUAAGACCUGUCCUCUUUACAUUAUACACAAUAUCACUUUGUACAGUACUUUUCAUAGAUUUAUUUGUUUUCAACCACAUAAUACUCUGUUGUACAUCUACAGUACAUAGAUUUGAUUAUAUCAAUACAGAUAUACAGUACACCACACAAUUUUACAGGUAGAAUUUGCUUUUUGUAAACAAUAGCAAUUUUUCUUUCCCCUCUAAUUGAUUUUGGAGAAAAUGAUAGCCCAUAUAAUAUCAGGACAUAGAAAAGUGUUAGCAUUGCACACACAUUGUGUUCUCUCAUCAUGUGUAAAUA